UUCUUGGAUUAUGGCGGCUGAACAUAACGGAGUGGAUAUCGACGAAGAAAUAAGAUAUUCAGAAGAAGAAACGAAAGCAAUUGAACAGUUCCUGUUUGCAGUUAAUGAGCGUAGCAACCAUCACAGGAAUGAAGAUGUGGCCGACCAUGAAACUGCAGUUAAAUUCCUACAUGCCAGAAAGUUUGAAACUGAGAGGGCUAUAUCAUUAUUCAGAGCACAUUUGGCUGUAUGUGAAAAAUUUGAUCUGUACCAAUUAAAUCCAUUUGAAGAAAAUUUGUCAUCGGAAUUGCUGUCUGGGAAAUUUACAGUAUUGUUUGGUGAAGAUUUCACUGGUGCAAGUGUAUGUCUGUUCACCGAGAGACUUCAUUUCCCAAAGAAAACUACCCACAGGAUUGUUCUUAAGUCUUUGAUUUUCCAACUAAACGAGUUGAUAGCCAGGCAUGACACACAAAGAAAAGGUAUUGUUCUCAUCUAUGACAUGACGAAGGCUGCCUACCGAAACUUUGAUUAUGAGUUGUGCACGAAGACUUUACGCAUACUAAAGGGUGCUUUUCCUGCAAGGUUAAAACAUGUGUACAUCCUGGCAGCCCCGCUUUGGUUCAGGGCCUCGUUAUCAAUUCUCUCGAAUUUUGUUGGUGAAAAAAUCACGAGCAGGGUUGAGACAUUAAAGAAGACUGAAGAUCUGCUUUCGCGAAUUCCGGCGUCGACGAUCCCUGUGCACCUUGGCGGUACCAGUGAGCAUGAUCAUGAUAUGUGGCUUGAAAUCUGCGUAAGCAAUUACCUCAGGAAAAACGAGGCAAGUGCCCGCAAGAACAAUCAGAUUGAAAGAGGUUUUGGCAAGACAAAGAGUUUUGCUGAUAGAUUACGAGAAGCAGCGGAGGAGGAUCGAGAAAGAGAACAGAUUCGCGUUGAUGGCAGACUGAAUGUAGACGAGUUGGUGAAUUAUAUGAAUUCAGUUGGAAGGCGUGGGAUAUACGACGAAUAUCUUUGCAUACAGACUGUUCCUCCCAGUGGAAGAUUCACUCAUUCAAAGCACCCUUUCAACUUUAAUAAAAAUAGAUACAGAGAUGUACUCUGUUACGACCAUUCGAGAGUCAAGCUCAAAGUGAUUGGUGAAGAUGAUUUCACUGAUUACAUCAAUGCAAGUUUUGUAGACGGCCACAACUGUCAAAAUGCGUAUAUAUGUACACAAGGUCCUUUACCAAACACAGCUUUUGAUUUCUGGAGGAUGGUUUUAGAGCAAAAGCCAAAUGUCGUUCUUAUGCUUUCAAGAUGUUUUGAGCGCGGAAGAGAAAAGUGCUUUCGAUAUUGGCCAGAAGAGAAGAAGUCGACCAGAUUUGAAUCAAUAACAGUGCAGAAUUUGGGGGUUGUAGAGUCUACUGAUUACAUAGUUAGAAAGUUAGAGGUGCAGUCGAAAGAGGGGAACCCACCACACAGAGUCACGCAUUUUCAGUUUACUGCAUGGCCUGACUAUGGCGUUCCGGAAUCUGCUGACAAGCUUUUAGAUGUAAUGAACCAAGUCCGGACAUUUCAGAACUUGACGACAGACUUGGACGACAUCAGGGAAUCAAUACCUUCACAUUCAACCUCAUCUCCAGAAAAAGGUCUUGUCUCACAAGAAAGCCCGCUAAUCGUUCACUGCAGCGCGGGUAUAGGGCGAACUGGAACGUAUAUUACAACUGAUGUAUGUUUGCGAGAAUUCGACGCAACCGGAACUGUUGACAUACAGAGCACCGUACAACGUAUACGCCGACAAAGAGCCUUGGCCGUUCAAACCGAGGAACAGUAUGCGUUUUGCUAUUCGGCCUUAUUGGAAUAUUGCUUAAAAGCAAGUCGUGCGAAUGAAAAGUUGUGCGGAAAAAUUACGAAAUGUCUAGAUAGAUUUAAGUCAGGGCUUUGAAUAAUGUUGGUGAGGAAAUGAGGAGCUAUAAAAGGCAAUUAUAUUGAGCGAUAUAGUUAGAAAAUUAUACUUCUAAAGUUAUAUGGAUGGUUAUAAAAAGUCUCCUCAUAGCUAGAAUAUGUUUGGAGGGGCCAGCCCCAAAUUUUGAGAAUUUUAACAGUAGACUGAAAACGCUUUUAAUAAACGACAAAUUAAAUUUAACAAGAUCUGCUAGCUUUUAUUUACUAACCGCAGGAACAGUGUUGAAAUGAAUAACUAACAUGUUUUAAUGCAGGGAUACCUGAUCUGACAGAUUUAUCCUUUCCGAUUUCGACCGGAUUGUAUGCUUAAAGCCACCAAAAUUUCCUUCCCAAUGAUAGGAAUUGAAGUGGGGUGGGGAUCGGGUGCUAAGUGGGGGCUUGUUGAUCGGGUGCUAAGCAAGUCGGUGCUUGCCUUGUUUCCCCUUUUAAUUGCCUCAAAAUUCAAGUCUUUUUCAAAUGUUCUGUGUCAAUCUUUUGGCAAUUUUCAAGUGUAAAUAAACUAGAAUUAUGUUGUUUUAACUAUUAAACAUUUGCAUUUAAUGUAAGCAAGAAAAUGUAUCUUUUGCAACUUUUUAUGACUGUAGAUCUUGCAAAUCGAGGUAAUCUUGUAUUUUUUUAACAUAGCAAAAUUAUAUUAAUACCAUGAAGCUUUUGAAAAUGUAAUAUGUAUAAUAUGAAUAAAUCGCGCUAGUAAUUUUAACUUUUUGAAUUUUAAAUACGUCCAAUUCUCAAGCUUUGAAAAGCAUUAUGAGAAAGGAAUAAAAAUCUUGGUGGGGAUUUGGGCGUGGCUGUUGUCAUUGCUACAACUGGCGGCCCAUUAUCACCAUGUCCCCAGGCACCUUAACCCUUUGCCCUUCUCCCCUCUAGACGACAUUUUGUACAGAUUAUGCAGAAACAUUUUUUCAGGACAAUGUUUCAUAAAAUGCAUUGAUACCAUUGUCCAUUUUUUCCAACACCAUUGUACUUUUCCAAUGUUCUCCAAUGACUGCGGAGCAUAUAACGGAUUGAGAGGGGCUUAAAUGUCUGGCAGGGGCUAAACAUGCUAAAGACCAAGAACAAUGACGAUUUUUUGUAAGGUUUUAGAUACAAUUUGGACAUUACUAGGGGGCUAUAGCCCACUCAGCCCCCCUCCGCUUCCUCGAUUCCUGGUGUUCUCUUUAAAAAACUUUGUAACUGGCAUCAAUUGCAAUCUCCCUUCCCUCACAAAGCAAGGCUUUCUGAAGUUUAGAUCUACUAUUCUCAUCUUACGAGAAUCACAACAACAGAAUUGCUUUGUUGUUUCAAUGUUGUUUCAAAUCAAUGUUGUUUCACAAUUUUGUGAACGAUUGUAGGACCAAUUCGUAUUGCUCUCCAUAUAGAGAAAGCGUUUUGAGGGGAUGUUGGUACCCCCUAUUAUGAUUCAUAUUUGUUAUCAAAAGCAUAUUAUUUUAUACAGGUAUUCAUGCAAACAAUUAAUGGAAUAUAUAUCGUGUAUAUAGGCAUUUAUAUAAACGGAUGUCAUUUUAUUUCUAUAUAAUUCUCACGUGUAAAAACCCAUAAUUUAUUAUCGGACACAAUUUUACAGGAAAAUUUUUGAUUAGCAACCUAGCUUUUCUUCGAUCAGUUCUCUUGUUCAUUCCAAUAUGACAAACGUUUGCACACAUGAUUAUAUAGGCUUUGCUAAUUGAAUAACAGAAAGUUGAUUCUAUUCAAAUUUGUUGACGUUCCUUCAUUUCGUUAUUGCUUUACGCCACGGCAAGAGGAGUUGCUACAAAUUCUUUGCAAUAACUACCGCCAUUUGAGUAACAAAAGGUACCGUAAG